UGGUGACGAGUGUUUGUUAUGUUAAGUAUUUUUUUAAAUUUUUGUGUUCGGUUUUGGAUAAAAGAUAAUAAUUAUUAUAAAGAACAUUUAAACAAUCAAUAUUCUGAUAAAAUACAACUGCUUGAAAGUAAUAGUUUCUUCACGGGAAAAGUUUUUCAAGGUAAAAUUAAUAAUAAAUUGUAUGAACUAAGUAACUUUAAAAAAAUUACGUCAAAUUGUAAAGAAUUUCUAAAAUAUGGAGAAGAACAAUUUAGAUACAAGUAUCUUUAGUGAAUCAAAAUGUAACAUUUUGAACCAGUUAUUACAUGCAUGCGCUGAUGAAAUAUGCGGUUAUCCUGGACCUAAUUAUGAACAUUUUAACAAAAGUAUGGAAUGGAAUCAAGAGGAAUACAAUAAUUCGUAUCACAUAAUUACCUCACUUUUACAAAAUCCUACUUGUCUAUAUUUGGAUGAAGAGAGGAUGCCAUUGGAAUAUCAUGCACUACCUGAACAAGUGCAACAAAGAAUUCUUAAAUGUUUAAAAGUCCGAAGGGAACAAUUAACUGACGCUUUAUUAAAGAAAACUUCUAGAAACACUUUACCUACAUUCCGUGACUUUGAUUGGAGAUUAAAGUUAAUUAUGGGAUCCAGUAAAAUGGCCUCGCUUCGAGAACCGCUUUUGCAAUUAGAUUUAAUAGUUGAAGAAAAAGACAAUGAAAGAUUGUUGAGUAUAGAAUUGAAUAAGGACGAAUUAGAUAUAAUGAUACAUGCUCUAGAAUCUGAAGUUAAAAGGCAUUGAAAUUUAAAAAUAUUUCUAAUUCAUAAUCUAUUUUUUACGUAAAUUAAUUUAAGACUGCAAUUUGUAAUAUAAAUUUACUUGUAUAUACAAUAAAAAGUACUCAAUUUUAA